UUGGUGAAGGAAACGAGCAAUGUGGAGUAUAUUAAGCUUAUUGUGUCCUGUCUUGACUACACUGCUGACGAUUCGCUUGCGCGAGUUAUCCUCCAUACUGCUCUUACAUCAUCUAUUGAGGCUGGAAGAAAAUGGGCAACACGAUUUCUCGGAAUUUUGGCAUCUCACGAAGUGGAUCAUUUCGUUGACUGGGGAAUGAAAUUAAUGAUUGCUCAGCUUGCAGAUCCAUCGGCAAAAGUUAUUCGACACACCUUACGGCUGUUGCAUCGUUGGAUUCCACAGUACCCGGGAAGUAUUCAUCUGAUCAAAGAUAUACAAUUUGAAACAUUUGGAAGCGCUGGAACACUGCUCAAAGCACAUCUUUUCGCUGAUGAAGUCUUCGUAAAGAGCAAUCUUUCUGAAUCAUUAGUGGCGCUGGAUCACUGGAAAAAGGAAUUUAAUUUGCACUACGUCACUAUCAUCGAAGAAGAUGUUAGAGUUGCGUUGUUAAAUGCGAAGCGCUCACUGGACGGACGAUUCGCACGAGCCUCUAGUGAACGGAGUGCCAAAUUUGGUGUAGCCAUGCCGGUGCAUUUGUACGGCCAGUUAGCGCAACAUGAAACAGGGCGCGAUAUAUUGCUAAAGACGGGAGAAGCUGACCGACUGCUGGAUUUAUUGCGGGAUUCACCAGUGCCACUUGAUGUCCAUGAAACCAGCGAAAUAAAAAGUGCACUGUAUGCGCUUGGCCAUAUCGCUGCUGUCGUUGAUCCCAAAGAGGAAAGUGAAGGACAGGAAGAGGUCGAGGUGAAGGACGCAUGUUUAUGA